GCACAGUCAGGGCGUAUGGGCUUGAGGCAGCAGUGAAUGCAUUUCCCCGCUGACUGUGGUCGUACUUUCCUCAUCUCGUACGGAUUACUACCGAGUUCACACCACGAUCAGUCGCCGCUUUGCGUUUCCCCGCUACAUUUCCCCAUCUGAAGGCCUGUCACAGAGUACAGUGGCUCGGUGUGUGUGUGUUUAGACAGCGGCGAGAGAGCAGCAGUGUGUCCCCGAUGGCUGGCUGGAAGGACGGCUCAGUGCAGGAGAAAUAUCGCCUGGUGGUCGUCGGAGGUGGUGGCGUUGGGAAAUCAGCACUGACCAUUCAGUUUAUCCAGUCAUACUUCGUCACUGACUAUGACCCCACGAUUGAAGACUCCUACACAAAGCAAUGUGUGAUUGACGAGAGGCCUGCACGGCUGGACAUCCUGGAUACUGCAGGACAGGAAGAGUUUGGAGCCAUGAGAGAACAAUACAUGAGGACAGGGGAGGGCUUCCUUCUUGUCUUCUCUGUCACUGACCGGGGAAGCUUUGAAGAGAUCUACAAGUUCCAAAGACAGAUCUUGCGAGUGAAGGACCGGGAUGAGUUUCCCAUGAUUCUAGUGGGUAACAAAGCUGAUCUUGAGCAACAGAGACAAGUGACCCAAGAGGAGGGCCAGCAGCUAGCCCGACAACUCAAAGUCACAUAUAUGGAGGCCUCAGCUAAGAUCCGUAUGAAUGUAGACCAGGCUUUCCAUGAGCUGGUUAGAGUCAUAAGGAAGUUCCAGGAGCAAGAAUGCCCACCCUCGCCGGAGCCCACGCGCAAAGAGAAGGACAAGAGCGGCUGCCAUUGUGUGAUUGUCUAAUUGGCCUCUCACUGCCGCCAUUCACCUAGCUGCUGUCACCAGUCCCUGUCCCCCACCCUGCCUUCUGACAUCACAUCCUAUUUGGAUGAACUCGCUGCCUUUCUACAUGUGCAUGUCUUCAAAACAGCAGUCUCUCUCAUAGCCUUAUCAGGGGCAUUUCCGGCCUCUAGGACUUCACUACUAGAAGAACCAAACUGACACAAUCUUGAUCGAACUCACCAUUCUACCUUCGACUAGAGUACUGACAUCAAUGUGACUUCACAAAUAGAAUAUGGUAAACGUGCCCCAACACUAAACAUCGCUUCUUACAAAUUUGCUAUAAAACACACACAAUUCUUUUUUUUUUUUGAAGGAUUUAUUUCCUCUGCCUUGUGACUUUUGCUGAUCAAAAGACUUAAAAAAAAAAAAAAAAAAAAAAAAAGACUUAAAAAAAAAAACACCUUUUGAAUUGUUGAAGAGUAACAAUUUUAGUCACUGACCUUUCAUGAGAUCUAAAGUGAGAUGAUGUUCUGAAGCUUUGUGUGUGUUGUGCCAUAUCUGUUUUUACUUCCAUAUGCUAAGCAGCAAUUGUACAUACGUGAAGAUUUGUGUGAGUCGAGACCGCCUUUAUAAUGACAACUCAAUUGCCAGAGUACUGUGUGUGAGAUUGAUGAGCUUGUUUUGACAUGCAUUAAUACAAUAAUGUACUUGCAUAAAUGUACAUAGAUAGAUAGCCUCUAACAUUAUGUCCUUUGUCAGCAGUGAUAUCAAUUACCUAACUUUUAUUUUGGUCAAGAUACCAUUUUAUCAUCAGUCUUUUUAGUUUGUAAAGGGCCGUUCAGACCAAAUGCGUUUUUGCUCUAAAAAAUCUUAACGCAGCACAAAGAAUAGAACAGGAUGCAGGCGUCUCAAGAUGCACUUUUAAAAGUUUAAGUUCUUUUUAACUUGGCAUGGUGUCUGAAAAUGAUGCGCUCCUGUGUGUGACGGGAAAAAAAAAAACAUGGUGCAACGGUCUAAGAUUACCGUCUUGCUCUUUUUUACAUAGGAAAACAAGCGCAGACAGACACAAUAAUGUGUUUGGUGUGAACGUUCUCUAAGGCUUCUUGGCACGUAUGGAUUUGCAUUUUUUUAGUUCUGUGAUCUCAGAUUGUGAAAUGUAUAAUACAUGACAUGUUGCCAGAUUGUUCAAGCCUUUUUGACUCUCAGCUCAGAUUUCUACAGACUAUUUUCAGACUCGGGUUGCUCCAUUUACAGCGCUUUUACAACGUUCUUACAAUGUGCAACGCUUACUCACUAGGAGUGCACAAUAGGCUAUUCUGUUCUGUACUAGGUACCCAACAAGAUCGAUGAUACAGAGAAGUAGUCUCUAAACUAAUCAUAUCUUUGUUCUGGCCUUAUAUUUCAAUUUUGUUUUGUAUUGGUUUUGAAAUGUAUUUAAAUGACUGAAACAGCACGAGGACAAAUUCAAAUGGACAGUGGAACUGCUGACAUCAAAGGCAUCUUUUAAAGGAACAGUUCAGAAUUUCUGUUGUUAUUUGCUCACCCUAAUGGUGCUUCAGACCAUAUGACUUUCUUUUUUGUGUGAAAUACAAAAGGAGAUAUUUUAAAGUAUGUCACAUUUGCUGAUUUCCAUACAGUAGCAGUUGAUCAUGACUUUCUUUAAUAAUCAAUGAGGUUUAAUGUUAUUGGUGCGUGGCCAUAUUUGAUUUGGGCUUUGUAUACACGAGCUGAUCAAUUAUUUGAUUUGAGUGAAUAAUGACUUAAUUUUUUAUCAUACAACGUGAUCGUGUGCCUUCAGAAGACUUGGAAUAUGAUGCAUGAGUCUGAUUGCUUUUGCAAACUACUUUUAUGACACUUUUGGGUGUUUUUUAAAACUUUAAAGUGAGUCACUAUCAACUGCUAUUUUCAGUAAGAUCUGUAAUCUCCUUUUGUGUUCCGCAGAAGAAAGGCAUAUGGGUUUGGAAAGACAUGGGGGUGAUUUAUUUUAUUUUUUUGGGGGGGGGGAAAGUAUCUUAUCACAUCAGAGAAAAUGAGUCUUUUGGGCCAUUUUUGCAUCCAAUGCAUUUUUGAUACAAUCCAGCAGAAGUGCGCAAGAAUUCAUACAUCAGAAAUCCACAUUCCCUCAAGAGUGGUCUGUUUUUAAUAUGGUUUGAGUGCAAGGUGAGGUUGAUGUCUCUGUGACAUUCACACUUCAUCAUGGUAUUUCUCAUGUGUCAGUCUGACAGCUGAUCAUUUCCUUCAUACUCCAAGGGUUCGUAUCACUAUUGCAUCAUGUCACAUCUUAUGUUUUGUCUUCCUUUUUUCAGCGUGCAUUUCUGUUCGAGGAAUACAAAUAAACUAUUUUAGUUUUGUGUUUUAUCAUGUAAUAUAAGAAAAAAGAUGGAAGUGAUCUUUUGAAUGGACAUGAUUAAAUGUUUUUAUUAUAUACUUUUAUACAUUAUUUUCUUAUCAGGCUAGUAAUGAGUAUUUUUAUAUGUUUGUAAGUGAAAAUGCUCUUGUGGCACAACUAUGUGUAUAUGUAAAGAGGAGUAUUUAAUGAUCUCAGUUUGAGAUCAACAAUAACAACAAAAAAUAAAUAGGCCAAUUGAUGUUGAACUGUAGUCAAAGACCUUUCCAGCUUUGGUGCUCUGAAGCUGGUUAUCAGCCCCUGCCCAAAAAGUUGUCCACCUCAUAGACCAUAAUUCAGGCCAUCUCCACUGGUGAAUUCUGGGCCAAUACUUCAGUCAUAGGCCCUACUGUGACGACUCGUUUUAAGGUUUAUACCCUACCUAAAAAAGCUUGUCCUUUAUACCAGUCACCAACAAAACUGAUCAACGUGAAAGGGAAAGCUUUGCCAACACUGUUUGGGUUUGUGCUGUUCAGUAUACGUCAUGGUUGAGCUAGUGAAAAUAGAAGCACAGCACUAAAGGAUGGAACAAGUGCAGGACUCUUCCUCUUCUUAGCAGAGUCUGUGUACAUCUAAUCCAUACUGUGUUUUAUUUGUCACAUCUUUCCCACUAUGUAUAGCCUCUGAUGGUAUAAUAAAAACAAUAAUUAAUGUA